GUGGUGUAGUGCGCUUAUCUAGGGAGAUGGAGAUAUUUUGUGAUGAGACUCGUGACGUAGUUGAGGCUUAGUCAAUCCGCGCGCUCCAUCAGUCGAGCCUAUAUUAAUGCGUUAAGCCGCGGUGAGGCGAGUUGUCUCUCUGCAGCAUCAGGGACUAGGAAAUAACUGGGAGCUGGACUGUUUUUCAAAUUACACACAAUCUUACAAUUAGGAGAAACGGACAUUGCACUUAAAAAAAAAAUUAUAAUAAUUGUCGGGUUGGAUCUAAAUAACUUUUGCUAUUCUUUGUGAAAUCUGUGACUUUUCGUGCAUCGGGGCUUUGUCUUGCACACUUUUUGAUUUGCGAAUACAGCUUUUUUUGGACGCUCCAGCUCAACGCGCGUGCUUCUCGCGCGGCAGCGAUGAUCGCGUUCUUCGUCGCGCUCCUCUGCGCGCGCGCGCUGGCCGCCGGGCACGCGACGCGCGCUGACGGCCAGCCCCAGGGCGAGCGCUUCGUGUGCACCGCCGUGCCCGCGGGCGCCGACCUCAGCUGCCCAGUGGACGCGGACAACCGCGUGCAGAGCGCGAGCCCUCAGGAGGACGAGUUCAGGAGCACGAUCGUGCAGCUCCGCGAGACCGUGCUGCAGCAGCGGGAGACCAUCGCGAGUCAGCAGGGCACCAUCAAGGAGCUCAACUCCAAACUUUCGCGCUGCGAGGCCGCGGCUCACGACGCGCGCGACGCGAAGUGGCGCGGGGGCGCGCGCAGAAAGGACUACGGGAAGAACACCAUGGGCGAUCUGCCGCGCGAUCCUGCGGAAACCAUCGAGCAGCUCGGCAAGACGAUGCAAGGACUGAAGGAUCGACUGGAAAACUUGGAGCAGCAGCUGCAUGCCAAUGCAUCCGGUGCGGCAUUCCCCAAUGAACUGCGUGACUUGCUCAAGCGCCGACUGGGGGACCUCGAGAGCCAAUUGUUGAGGAGAGUAGCCGAGCUUGAGGAGGAGAAAACUCAGCUCUACAAUGAGACAAUGGCCCACCGGCAGCACACAGAGAACACGCUCAACUCGCUGUUGGAGAGGAUAACAGAGCUGGAGAGAAGUAACAGCGCAUUUAAAUCGCCAGAGGACUUCAAGGUUUCUCUGCCCUUGCGCACAAACUACCUCUACGGCCGCAUCAAGAAGAGUUUACCAGAAAUGUAUGCUUUCACAGUGUGUAUGUGGCUCAAGUCCAGCGCUAGUCCUGGUAUUGGAACGCCAUUCUCAUACGGAGUCCCUGGACAGGCCAAUGAGAUUGUGCUGAUAGAAUGGGGCAACAAUCCCAUCGAGCUACUUGUCAACGACAAGGUGGCUCAGCUGCCUUUAUCAGUGGGCGACGGCCGAUGGCAUCACAUCUGUAUCACCUGGACGACCAGAGACGGCUUCUGGGAGGCCUAUCAGGAUGGCGAGAAGCUGGGCACUGGGGAGAACUUAGCCCCGUGGCACCCAAUUAAACCUGGAGGAGUGAUCAUACUAGGUCAAGAACAGGAUAUUGUUGGCGGAAGGUUUGAUGCCACACAGGCUUUUGUUGGAGAGCUAAGCCAUUUCAACAUGUGGGAUCGGGUUCUCCGCCAUACAGACAUCUCUGGCAUGGCCAAUUGUUCAGCCUACAUGCCUGGCAACGUUGUGCCAUGGAUAGAUGCCAAUGUUGAGGUCUUUGGAGGAGCUACAAAAGCAGCACUUGAGAUAUGCGAGGACCGACUUUUUGACUCAUAAGUCCCUGCCUAUAUGGAUUCAAUAUUAUUUUUUUGGAGGUUAAAUUAAACACCUCACCAUGCUGCUUUGGGACCAUUUGUGGAGAGACAGUUGUUUUAUGAAACAGUAUUCACUGUGCUUAUAUUAUUCUCUCUGGCGGAUUUCUCUUUUUUCUGUUUUUUUAUUUUAUUUAGAUUUUUUGUUGUAGACAAGGUCAAUGAUUGAAGCAAUUGUGGCUUGUGAAAUGUAAAAAAAAAACACAUUCAGAACAUUCCAGUUUAAAAAUAUUUGAACAUGUGCAAGCUUUUGUGCAUUCUUGUCAAUGUUGGAUAUGUUUUUGUGUUGCAGCUUUAAAAAAAAAGAAUGAAUUUAUUAUGAGCAAAAGACUCACUGAAUUGUGAAGUACUGCUGUAUGACCGAACUGCAUGGAGGCUUUCAUUUAAGUUCAUUUGAAUGUCCUAAUGUACCUGUAGAAACAAGCAUUUAAAGCACCUUCAGCAUACUGAGGGAACCUAAGACAGGGCUUGAGCAGAAGUACUCUGCUUUUUAUUCAUGUUGCAUGAAUGAAAAAUUCUCUUCAAAUAUGCAAAGCUGUCUAUGCAGCCAAAUGUGACAAAAUAUGAUCGAUCGGGAGCUUAGUGGAAGGGGUUGUACACUUUCUUGAGCAUUCUUUGGAGCUAGGAGGACAGAGAAUUGGAAGGACGGCGAUAUUGAUUUAGAUAUUAGCGCAAUACGUUUGCGAAAGUAAAAGAGUGUUAACUUUUUGUUUGUUUUGGAUACUAGCUUUAUGAAUAAAAGAGUCACAGGUACUUUUUUAAAAUACGUUUUUAGAAAUUUAUUUUUGUCAAGGAUGAGACUUUAACCAAAAUAACUGUGUAGCCCUUGAUUCUGCUUGUGGUUAUGAAAAUUCUAAACCCUAUUAUAAAAAAAUAUAUAUUAACAAAGGGACACCUUAUUCUUUCAGAAUAAAAUGCAGACUUUGAAUUUAUAUAAUGCAAAUUACACUGCAAAAUUGAAAGUUUUGUUUGGGUCUUAUAUUUGUAUUUAUAUUCAUUUAUAGCUCUUAAGAACAUCUGAACCAUGCUGUGUUACAUUGCUAUCUCUAGCUAUUAUGUUUUAAGGUCAUUUACAGAUUUCGUCACCUCUGUGAACCUCCAUAUGCACUCCUAGUUUGCAGCAAAUAAGAGGAUUAAGAAGGCUGAUUAUUUUCUCUCUCCUGGGGUUUAAUUAGGUGCAAAGUAAGAGGAAAAUGAAGAGUUGAUUUGUAAAUUCUUAUUAUUAUUUUAUUAUAUCAUGAAAUAGUAAUGCACUGUGGUCAAUGCUUAUCCCUCCAACAAUGGGCAAGUAAGAGAACUCUCCACUGAACAUGAAUGACAGUCUACUAUAGGAAAUGGAUUUGGAUUUAAAACACUUGUUUAAUGAUGUACAAAGAAAGUGCAUGAGGGUCGGGGGGUUGGGGAACAAGCUUUUCUAUGGUGAUAUAAAAGAAGUAUUGAUGGAUUUUAAUGAAAUAGAGGUUGCUUGCGUUAUCUUCAUUUACGACGACAGCAAGGUUGAAUGCAUUAUCCCCUCAAAAGCUGAAAGAGCACCAUGCAUUAUUUUUGUAGAGUCCAUUAACGCUUGCUCGUUUUAGAGUAUUUAUUGAACUGUACAGUGCUGUUUCAAUAACGCUGUGCAAUAGCUGCACUGUGUGAGAGUUUCAUCUAUACUGAGCUUUCUGUCAUCUUUUCUACAUGCUUUUGUGGCCUACUACACUACUAGGACCCAACAGUCCUAAUGGAACUGUGUUCAAAUGUAGGAAGGAUGGUUUCGAUGACGUGUAGAAAGAAAGUCUAACAUGCUCUCUUAAAUGAUUUGUAUGCAGUAAGCAAGCAAAAAGUACAAUAGGUCCUUUUGUUGCUUUUAAAUGAGGGAGUACUGGUAUAAAAUAAUACCAAUGGUGUAGUUGUUUUUGAUUACUGAAUGUGUGAUUAUUUUCAUUUAAAUGACUCUGUUGUCAGUGAUUAAAUUUAUUAGCACUGUGUAAGAAAGAAAAGUUAUUAAAUGUAACCUUUUGUGUCAUUUGUAUCUGUUUUGGCUAAAUAUCUAAUUUUGUUUUGUUUCUUUUUCCCCUGGAAAACUGAAUGGCCUUUUUCUGAGCAUCACUGCUUUCCUGGUUUGUCAAGAAUCUUGUCAAGGAUCUGUCUUUCUUUCUUUUCUGAUAUGAAACAACACGCACAAUUCAGUGUUGAAAUGUAGUUGAAUAUCCUUUUGCACCCAAUAAAUCAUUUA